GCAACUUUUGUUAUGCCUCUUUUGCCGUCUCUGGUCUAGCCAGUUAAACUCCAUUCUGCCUCUGCCUGAAUUUGGCUGAGCUCCACCUACAUCAGACUUGUACGAGAACACAUUUACUGAAAACUCCAUGCAAAACCUUACUAUUAAGUGGGACUUUAAAGCUUUUGAAAGGAAGUGUGGCAGAUGACUUAAGGUUUAGACCUCCUGUCUGACUGAGGAGCUGAGAUGCUAGACACGUUCAAACUGGGCAUCCUGUUGCUGAGCCUGACUCUGGUCCUGUUAGGCCCCGCCUGCCAAGCCUCUUCUCUGGGACUGACGGUCCACGUUGUGCCCUUGGACAUCGAUGGAGGGAAUACAGUGCGGGCUUAUUUCAGUGCCAUCGUUCCCAUUCCUUGUCCAACUCUGUCUGGACUGUGUGCUGAGGGGGAGGACUGUCAGGUCUACACUACCUCAUCACCUUUCAUCGGCACUAAACCCAACCCUGGCUGGUGUGUCCGCCAGUGGCAGAAAACUGUCCCCAGUAAUUACAACGCCACCAUAACGUUAGGGUCCAACACAGAAUUUUAUGUGUCAAUGAAAGCAGGACCACAUCUCCGGGCAAACAGUGGGAGACUCAACCAACCUGCUUUUGUCGCUCUCCCUCCUCCACUAAGGGCCCGUGUGAACUGCCCUCAUGAUUUCCAUUUGUCAGUCAAAGACCUGGAUGGUGACAGGGUAAGAUGUCGCUUUGCCCAGCCCGAUCAGGGAGAGUGUCUCAACUGCAUUCAGCACUCUUUCAUAGAGCUGGACGAGGAGAAAUGCAUGUUGACAUUCACUGGAAAAGCACCGGCAGGACAGUAUUUCCUCUACCUGAUGGCGGAGGACCUGAUUCCUGUGCCCAAAAUGAGCCACAUCACAGACAACAAACCCCUCAGCUCCGUCCCUGUGCACCUCUUUCUCACUGUGGAAGAGUCGACUUCCAGCUGCAGUGAUGAACCUGUGGCAACAGGUGAGACCCCCAAAGAGGACUCCAUGCUGUUUAUCCUGCCGUACCAGGAGGUGCGAUUCACCACCGACUUUGUGUCACAGCUGGAGAGUGUUUUAGAGGUAGCAGUGGUUGGUCCCCCUGAACUCUUCAGGGUUGGUUUUAAUUCAGUUGGCCCCCUGGCAACCAUGACCAUGGCCUGGGUCCGCUCCGAAAACAACCUGGCCCGCCUUUUGCCCAUCUGCUUUUCUGUGAAUACCAUGAGUUUGCAGUCAGAGCCCAGAUGCGUGUGGCUGUACCAAAGGGAGAUGAGGAAACUACCUGCUGGAACAGAGCUGACGUGUGAGAAGACAGAAAUGACUCUGGUGCUCCCUGUCACCUCCCUGAGUAACAUCAACCUGGCCGAACUGCAGCUCAACAGCCCCACCUGUCCCGUCACCUACAACAACACACACCUGACUGCACAUAUCUCCUUGACUGGCUGCGGCACCAAGACUGUGAGCUCUGGUUCAGAGCUGGUUUACACCAACACCUUGCAAAGUGUGCGUCCCUACACUAUGGUCAGCCGCCAGCCCUCCCUCGUCCUCCCUCUGGCCUGCCGGAUCCCUGGAGCCCAGGUUAAGGGGCCGCAGUACAACAUCAGCAUGCCCACAGAGAAGGAGACCUUCGGUGAGCUCAGGAUUUGGAUAGAAUUUCACUUACCAGGAGAGGGGCCCCUGGGAGAAUAUACGCGCGUGCCCAAGUUGCACUCCCUCCAGAUGCUGCCAGGACGACUGCGUCGAGAAGCAGAAUCAUCAUCAGACAACUCGAACAGCAUCUCCACUAAUACCAGCACUUCUACGGGAGGAGCCAGGAUCGGGUCCAGGAUUGAGUCGCUGUACCUCCAGGUGUUGUCAAACUGCAGCAUUACUCAAGCAGAGAUGAUAGUGAGCAGUUGUAUUGAGUCUGAGACGGCAGACUUUGCAGAAUCCUACCCCCUUCUGGAGCAAGGGUGUAUAACUUCCAACAGCACAUUAGAGGUUGUUAUAGAACAAAGCAAUUCCAAGGUUUACCGCCUUGAUUUGAGCUCCUUGAAGGCCAAAGGAUCUACGAUGUAUGUCCAGUGCACAGUCAAUCUGUGCAUCGCCACCGGGCCCUCUCAAUCGUGCCCUGAUCUGUGUACCCGCUCCAUCAAUCAAAGAUCAUUACUGGUUGGCAGUGUGUUUACCAGCACCUACACCGUUCGCUCAGGAGCCGUUAGCCUCGUGGUCACCACUCCUGCACCAGCCACAACGACUACUACUACAACCACUACUGCACCAACUACAACAACUAAAACUACUACUACUGUUACUGUUCCACAUACCACAGCUGCCCAGAGCACCACCACCUCACAUGCUCCAGAACAGGCCUCAGCCAUGGCAGCAGGAGUGAUUUUGACGAUCAGCAUAUUUCUUCAAAACGUCGUCCUUUUCUGAACAUACUGCUGGAUGAUGAUUUGUCAGGAUAUGAAGCACUACAUUGGCCUGUUUGGGACAUUUUAAGUUUUAAUCCACACAUGAUUACACUGUAAAUGUUGAGCUUUUCCAGAAAAGCGAAUACAAGCGAGAGCACCUUACAUUACUGUCAAAAAGCAAAAAUAUAUUGCUGCACUGCUCGCAUUGACUAAUCCUUAUUAUUGUAUCUCAUAUCACAAUUAGUUAUAGGAUGCUAAAGGAUGUGACACAGACAAGGGGUCACACAAUAAAAUAUUCUCCCUAAAAUGGGGCUUUAUUUUUAAUUUGCUUUUAUGGGGAGUCCUCGAGUCGGUGGACUUUGUUGCAUGUUAUUCUUCCUCUCAUUCCCCUCACUUCCUGUCAAAAAAGAAAAACAUAUUUUUCUGUAAUAAAUUGUUUGUAUAACAUGAAUAUAUUAUUAAAGCUUUAGUGAUAUUAACUUUAACUUAGUAACUUUUUGAUAUUAAUGAACGUCUAUUACAUUCAA